AUGCCCCUCAUUGUCUCGCGCGCAGAUCUAACCAAGGACUGGGACGAGCUCAUAACCACCUACUGGACUGCGUGGAGCUCUCCCCUCCAAGCCGUCGGCGAACUGACCUUUGCCCACCUGGGGGAAGGCAGCCAAGCUGAAGCAGCAGCCCUUGCGGCUGUGAAAAGCUCCUUACGUCAAGCCGCGGAAUCCGACCCCAACAUCGUCUGGUUGAAAUGCUACGAUACCAAAUCGGGGCAGAUUGUCGCGGGAGGAAUGUAUCACGUGCAUCACCAUAAUCCAUACCGCGCGGGGGCACCGAGGAUGGAGGCGACGUGGUUUCCAGAGGGGAGUGAGAUGAGGUUGUUGGCCGAGGAGUUCUAUGCACAGUUAUGGGCAUGGAGGGGGAGGAUGAUGGGAGAUAGACAUGUUUGUGGGAAUGCGCUCUGGGCACUGCCCGAGUAUCGCUCGCUGGGCGCGACGGAGCUUAUUAUGGACGAGUUUGUCCGCCAUAUGGAUGCGCUGGGGAUGGAAGGCUACCUCGAGGCUACGGAGAUGGCGGUCGCGCUGUAUCAAAAGUAUGGGUUCGUGGCUAUCGCGCGACCACGCAUGAGCUUUUCUGAGGAUCAACGGCGGAGCGCGCAAGGGAGGAGAUUGAUUCACGAGAUCCAGGCGCACCCCGUGUGGAUUAUGUGGAGGCCGGCAGGGGGUGAAUACAGGGAUGGAGAGACGGUGCUCCCAUGGGAAGGCAGGCCAAGACACAUAAAGCUGUAG